CCUAACAAAACAAAACAAAAAUGGCAAUCGGUGGAGGACGGUCUUCACGGUCCGGCAAACGAAUCUCAUCCUCCUCUCCCUCUUCUUACACCUCCACCGUCACAACCAUCGCCUUUAUCGCAUUAUGCGUGGUCGGUGCCUGGAUGCUCACCUCUACCUCCGUGGCGCCUCCGCAGACCGCCAAUCUCACAAGCAAGGCCGCCACCACCCUCGUCUCCACCGAAUCUGACGCCGCCGCGACGACAAAUGUCGUCGAUCAGAGUGGUAGUGCUAGUAGAACCACCAAUGGGAAGAAGAAGCAGUCCGUAUUCGAGGACAACCCAGGCGACCUCCCCGCGGACGCCAUCAAAACCGACCAAGCUGACGGUGGGAAGGGAGCCGACACCGAUCAGGACAAGGACAACAAGCACACUCAGAUCUCGGAAGAGAGCACAAUGACCACGGCACAAAGUGCCAAUCAGCAAGUAAUUUCUGAUGAGACGAUGACACAACAAAAUACAAAGGCGGCCGACAAGCCAAACAUGGAGGAACGACAGCAAACCGAGGAGAAGGUGGUGGAGGAGGAGGAGCCUCAAAACAAAGCGGCGGCAGCCGAAGAAGCGAACAACAACAAUCAGGGGAAUAACAUUGUACAAGGCAAUCCAUCGUUGGAAGCGAGAGUGUUCGAAGAGCAGCAGCAGCAACAAAGAAUGGAGGACGCGGGGGUUCAGAAUCCCGCCGAGGAGAAGCCCGAGAACAAGGUGACGGAGGAGGAUCAAGCGCAGAGGAUGCAACAGCAGCAGCAACAGAUGCAAGAUAAUGCUCAGAAGAAGCUGGCGGAACCAACGCAGCAACACGAUCAUCAACAACAACAACAGAACGACGAGGCACAUCAUCAGGAACGGAUCAAAGUGGAGAAUCCCGAAAAGACCAGUGAGGUGGUGUCGUCGGGGAUGAUUCCGAAGGAGUCUAAGGAGUCGAAGAGGUCGUGGUCAACGCAGGCAGGCGAGUCAGAGAGCCAAAAGGAGAGGAGGAAGGAGGAUGAGACGAAAGGUCAGGAUAGCGAGCUCCCCAAGGAUACAUGGCAGCUCUGUAAUGUGACGGCGGGUCCUGAUUACAUUCCUUGUUUGGAUAACGAGAAGGCGCUCAAAAAGUUGAGGACUACCGGUCAUUUCGAGCACCGAGAGAGGCAUUGCCCCGAGGAGCCGCCUACUUGCCUGGUUCCUCUUCCGGAUGGGUACAAGAGGCCCAUUCCCUGGCCAACAAGUAGAGACAAGAUUUGGUACCACAACGUGCCUCACACGAAACUGGCAGAAUUUAAGGGGCAUCAAAACUGGGUUAAGGUGACGGGCGAGUUCCUGACGUUCCCAGGAGGUGGAACUCAGUUCAUCCAUGGAGCCCUCCAUUACAUUGAUUUUCUACAACGGGCGGUGCCGAAGAUCGGGUGGGGGAAACACACGAGGGUGAUUCUGGACGUUGGGUGCGGAGUCGCCAGUUUUGGUGGAUACAUGUUCGAGAGGGAUGUUCUUACCAUGUCAUUUGCGCCCAAGGAUGAACACGAAGCCCAAGUGCAGUUUGCACUGGAGAGAGGCAUUCCAGCAAUAUCUGCCGUCAUGGGAUCCAAACGCUUACCCUUCCCAAGCGCCGUUUUCGAUCUCAUUCACUGCGCUAGAUGCAGGGUACCUUGGCAUAACGAAGGUGGGCUGUUGCUUCUGGAAUUGAAUCGCCUUCUGCGCCCUGGAGGCUACUUUGUGUGGUCAGCAACUCCUGUAUACCAAAAGCUGAAGGACGAUGUCGAAAUAUGGCAAGCAAUGUCAGCGUUGACAGUUUCCAUGUGUUGGGAUCUCGUGACCAUCAAGAGAGACAAACUCAACAAGAUCGGAGCUGCUAUAUACCGCAAGCCAAGCACCAACGAUUGCUACGACCAGAGGAAAAAGAAUUUCCCUCCAAUGUGUCCAAAUGACGAUGAUCCAAAUGCUGCAUGGUCUGUGCCACUGCAGGCAUGCAUGCACAGAGUGCCAUCGGAGCCAAGCAUUCGAGGCAGCCGAUGGCCAGACGAUUGGCCGCGCAGGUUGCAGAAGCCACCUUACUGGCUCAACAGCACUCAAAUGGGGAUCUAUGGCAAACCAGCACCCCAGGACUUCACGGCAGAUUACCACCACUGGAAAAACGUGGUCACUGUGACGUACAUCAAGGGACUGGGGAUCAACUGGGAUGGCGUCAGAAAUGUGAUGGACAUGAGAGCUGUGUACGGCGGUUUCGCAGCAGCUCUCAAGGAUAUGAAAGUUUGGGUGGUGAACGUGGUGAACGUGGAUUCUCCAGACACGCUUCCCAUUAUAUUUGAGAGAGGGCUGUUUGGGAUAUACCAUGACUGGUGCGAAUCCUACAGCACUUACCCAAGGACUUACGAUCUCCUCCAUGCUGAUCAUCUUCUCUCAAAGCUGAAAACCAGGUGCAAGCUGGUGCCUGUACUAGCAGAAGUGGACAGAAUGCUGAGGCCAGGAGGCACGUUCAUCGUUCGGGACGAAUCAAGUACAGUAGGGGAAGUGGAGGGCAUACUCAAAUCUAUGCACUGGGAGGUUCAUCUCACCAACAACAAUGACAAACAAGGCAUUCUCAGUGCACAGAAAGGCGACUGGCGACCAGAGACAUUUGCACUUUCUUCUUCAUGACCAUCAGGAGUUGAGUUGGAUUUAUGGUGGAGAAAUCAUAAAAGCAUGCAUGCCUUCAAAAAUUCUUGACACUGGAACAUGCAUGCAUGAUAUUGACUUUGUAGAGCACGGAUAGGUAAAGUUUAGGCCUACAAAAUUGUUAGAUAGAUCAUAGAAGUAAUCAUCUUCAGUUUCUUCGCCGAGAGAUCAUAUAACGCCGAGGCAUCAUUCAAUUGUGCGUACGUAAUUAUGUCUACAAAAAAAAAAAAAAAGAUUUAGGAACACUUUUUUUUGUGAACAAAUUAGAGCAGCCGACUCCUCAAAUCUAGGUGGCAAUGGACGUGGUCAACGUUAAGAACAUGUAAGCAUGUCAUCGACAAACAACUAUACAUCAUUGAAUUGCAUAACUGGACUAAGAUUGCUUCUAUUAUUAAAGUGACUAUAAAAUUCCAACAACCAAAACUUUGUUUCAAGCAUGGCCUUUUCAUUUCCAUUAGAUAAUUGGCUCGUGUUUUGCGG